UCCCUGACCUUGUGUCCCCAGAUCGAGGAUAUGCAGUGGGGUAAAGGAGUCCGGGAGAUCCCCCCCUCCGUGUGUACACUGCCAUGCAAACCCGGCCAAAGGAAGAAGACACAGAAGGGAACUCCUUGCUGUUGGACCUGUGAGCCUUGUGAUGGCUACCAGUACCAGUUUGAUGAGAUGACAUGCCAGCACUGCCCCUAUGAUCAGCGACCCAAUGAAAACCGGACUGGCUGCCAGGAUAUUCCCAUUAUCAAACUGGAGUGGCAUUCUCCCUGGGCCGUCAUCCCUGUCUUCCUAGCAAUGUUGGGGAUCAUUGCCACCAUCUUUGUCAUGGCCACGUUCAUCCGCUACAAUGACACACCCAUAGUCCGGGCAUCUGGGCGGGAGCUCAGCUACGUUCUGUUGACGGGCAUCUUUCUUUGUUACAUUAUCACUUUCCUAAUGAUAGCCAAGCCUGAUGUGGCAGUGUGUUCUUUCCGGAGAGUUUUCUUGGGCUUGGGGAUGUGCAUCAGUUAUGCAGCCCUCUUGACAAAAACCAAUCGGAUUUAUCGCAUAUUUGAGCAGGGCAAGAAAUCAGUGACAGCUCCCAGACUCAUAAGCCCAACAUCACAGCUGGCAAUCACUUCCAGUUUAAUAUCAGUUCAGCUGCUAGGUGUUUUCAUUUGGUUUGGUGUUGACCCACCCAACAUCAUCGUAGACUAUGAUGAGCAUAAGACAAUGAACCCUGAGCAGGCCAGGGGAGUUCUCAAAUGUGACAUUACAGACCUCCAAAUCAUUUGCUCCCUGGGAUAUAGCAUUCUUCUCAUGGUCACAUGUACUGUGUACGCCAUCAAGACUCGGGGUGUCCCAGAGAAUUUUAAUGAAGCCAAACCCAUUGGAUUCACUAUGUACACGACAUGUAUAGUAUGGCUUGCCUUCAUUCCAAUUUUUUUUGGCACCGCUCAGUCAGCAGAAAAGCUCUACAUACAAACCACCACGCUCACAAUCUCCAUGAACCUAAGUGCAUCGGUGGCGCUGGGGAUGCUAUACAUGCCGAAAGUGUACAUCAUCAUUUUCCACCCUGAACUCAAUGUCCAGAAACGGAAGCGAAGCUUCAAGGCAGUAGUCACAGCAGCCACCAUGUCAUCACGGCUGUCACACAAACCUAGUGACAGACCCAACGGUGAGGCAAAGACAGAACUCUGUGAAAACGUGGACCCAAACAGCCCUGCUGCAAAAAAGAAGUAUGUCAGUUAUAAUAACCUGGUUAUCUAACCUGUUCCAUUCCAUGGAACCACGGAGGAGGAAGACCUCAGUUACUUCGUCAUCCAAUCUGGCAGAGGACUCUUUUGGUCCUGCCCGCUGCCCAUCACUGGAGGAGCAUCCCCAGCCAGGAGAUCAAUGUUAGAGGAUCCAAGUGUCCUACACAGCUGCUUUAUGAAAUAUUCUUACUUUAUCUUGGCUUAAUAAGUCACUGGCAUCAGCACUGCCAACUUGGCUGCAAUUUUGGACCUUCCCAACCAAAGGGAGUGUUGAGACUCAAGUCCCACCAGACUCUCUAGGAUGAAGCACAGAGAGUCACAGUGACUGUUUUGGGGCUGACCUGUCUUUCUACGUAUGUACUUCCAGGUUGCAAGGUUUUGAAAUUUUCUGUACAGUUUGUGAGGACUUUUGCACUUUACCAUCUGAUGUUGUACUUUGGUUCACUGUUUGUUUUCGAAUGCCAUGUUUUCAUAGAGCCCUAUUCUCUCAGACACGAAAUAUUGGGGAAAUGUUUAAAACAAUUGAAAAUUGAAAAAGAUCUCAGCAGACUAAAAAAAAUAAUAAUAAUAAACUUAAACCACGUAUGUACAUGACUGUAUAAUUAUGAUUAUAGUACCACUGCAAAACAUAUUACUUUUCUUUUUUUAAGACAAAACAGAUACUUAAAGACCAAUAACUGUGCUGAUAAACUAGGCCCCACCUAUCUAUCGUUGGUAUCUGAUAAGUCACAUGAAAGGAAGGUAUUGGCUGAACUGAAUAGAGGUCUUGAUCUUCAGAAUGCAUGCCAGUAAUGUAUUUUACAGUACAUGUUAAUAAUAUGUUCACUAUUUGUAUUUGUGUUCUCUUUUAUUUUAAUUAGGGUAUAUGAAUAUUUUGCAAUAAUUUUAAUAAUUAUUAAGCUAUUUGGAAAACAAAAGGAUAUGGAUUUUUCACGUCUUGAGGUUUUGUUCAUGCCCCCAUGACUGACCAGUGUGAUAAGG